GUAUUUUAUGGGUUACCAGUCGUACAGUGUGUUAAAUUAGCAGACAAAUGACAUUUUGAUUAAACAGGAGAGGAUAAGGGCUUCUCUCCUGAGUUCAGCUCUUUCUGUCUGUCUGAGGUUCAGAAAGUGAACUUUGGUUUGGGCUCAGUUUUACACUGACAGCUGAUACCGACUGUAGGCCUUCAUGGACUUUGAGCAGCCUCUCUUCUUCAAGAAACAGAAGGAUUUGCAUGGCAUGUUAAAUUUCACCGGCCUGGAUAAAGAUUGCCUUCUCCAAUUUGCAAUGCAUGACAUGACUGAAGAAGUGGAUGUUGUUGUAGUGGGCUCCUGUAUGACCGAUCUGGUCAGACAGUGUGAAGAAAUUCUCCUGGGGGUUAACUGUUCCAAUUCUGACAUUCACCUAAAAUUGGGCCAGGCGCCGAGGCUCCCCAAAGCUGGAGAGACAAUACAUGGACACAAGUUCUUCAUUGGCUUUGGUGGGAAAGGAGCAAACCAGUGCGUCCAGGCUGCCCGACUGGGAGCCAAGACUGCCAUGGUGUGCAAGGUUGGAAAAGACUUUUUUGGGGACAAUUACAUUCAAAAUUUCAAAGACAACGGUGUAUCCACAGCUUUUGUGGAGCAGACAGCUGAAGCUGCGACCGGAGCUGCUUCCAUCAUCGUAAACGAUGCAGGUGAGAAUGCUAUAGUGAUCGUAGCUGGAGCGAACAUGCUACUGGGGAAAGAGGAGCUGCAGCGGGCGCAGGCUGCGCUGAAGAAGGCCAAGGUGGUCGUCUGCCAGCUAGAAGUCAGUCCAGACACCUCCCUAAAGGCCCUGCAAAUGGCCCAGCAGAACCACGUGAUGACCAUAUUCAACCCUGCCCCUGCCAUUUCUGACCUCCAUGCUGACUUCUACAAAGCCUCUGACAUCUUCUGCUGCAAUGAGUCUGAGGCUGAGCUGCUGACAGGGUGUCCGGUAGCGUCAGUGGAGGAUGCGGGGCGCGUCGGCCUGGAACUGCUGAAGAGAGGAUGUGCUUCAGUCAUCAUUACUCUGGGCCCUCAGGGCUGCGUGGUGCUGCAGUCCAAAGAUCCAACUCCAAAACACGUCCCCACAACCAAGGUCACCAGCGUGGACACUACAGGUGCUGGUGACAGCUUCAUUGGUGCACUGGCAUUCUAUAUUGCCCACUAUCCCACGAUGCCCUUGGAGGAGAUGGCCAGGAGAGCCAACCUCAUCGCUGCUAUGUCUGUGCAGACAACCGGCACUCAAACAUCUUAUCCAUUUAAGAAGGACCUGCCAACAGAGUUAUUUUGAGACCAUUCACUAUUUCAGCACUAUAGGAGUAAACAUUCACCUCAACCACAACACUGGCAGUUUUAUGUCUGAUAUGCCAGUAAU